CUCCUCACCUCCCCUCAUCCUGGCGGCAGGGAAAGAUUUGGCCACUUUCAGCACAGAGGGGCUGCAGGAGGAACUAAACCCCGCACCUGUCCGGAGCUUGUCGUCCAGAAGACACCACGGCUCCACAACUUCUGAAAAACAAGACUGAGACCUAAUCCGGUUGAAAAUGAAACUGGAUGUGCCUCCACCUGUGCUGCUGUUUGCCAUCUGUGUCCUUGCCCUACCUUCGUCCUCUACUACCCACCACGAGUUAGAUGAUUCAAAGCUCCUCCAGGUAACCAUCACCAACCAGCCGGUGAAUGCUGUCCUGGGGGGUUCUCUGACCUUACCCUGCCUGGUGUCGUUGACUCACCCACCACCAUCCCCCUCCACUAAUGGCCGACACGCAGUGCUGUCAGUGCCCCGUGUGAAAUGGAGCGUUUUGACUCAUGGUCACGAGACGGAAAUCCUGGUGGCCCGUGGCGACAGGGUGAGAGUUAGCGAGAGCUACAAAGAUCGAGCCUCGCUGCUCAAUUACGCCUACUCUCCUGCAGAUCUCACCUUGCAUCUGGAGAACCUGAGGCAGAACGACACCGGCUUCUACCGUUGCGAGGUGCAGCAGGGUCUGGAGGAUGCCGACGAUGUGGCACAGGUCAAGGUCAAAGGUGUGGUGUUCCAUUACCGUGAUGCAUCCAGUCGAUAUGCUUUUACCUUUGAGCAAGGCAGAGAGGCUUGCGAGGAUAUUGGAGCUCACAUCGCCACCCCAGAGCAGCUCCUUGCAGCCUACUAUAGCGGAUACGAGCAGUGUGAUGCUGGCUGGCUCUCAGACCACUCAGUGAGAUAUCCUAUUCAGAUGCCAAGAGAGGGCUGUUUUGGAGACAUGGAUGGCCUACCAGGAGUGAGGAACUACGGGCUGUUAGAGCCUGAUGAGCUCUACGACGUCUACUGUUACGUGGAGAAUAUUCAAGGUGAAGUGUUUCAUGGCUCCGCCCCCCAGCGCUUCACCUUUUGGGAGGCCAAGGCUUACUGUGUGAGUCAUGGUGCAGAGCUGGCCACCACAGCUCAGCUAUAUGCAGCCUGGAACGAUGGCCUGAACCACUGCAGCCCGGGUUGGUUGGCCGAUGAGAGUGUGCGGUACCCCAUCGUCACCCCUAGGGAGCGCUGUGGAGGUGGUGAACCUGGUGUUAAAACCAUCUACCGUUACAGUAACCAGACAGGCUUUCCUGAGAUUCACUCUCGACAUGAUGUCUACUGCUUCAGAAGUGAUCACGGCCCCUACACAGAAUCUCCCCAUGAUUUUCUUGCCACUGAGCCAGAAGACAUUGGUCAAGAUAUAAUUUUCUUAACCACAGAGGAGAAUGUUGGUCUAAGUGAGGUAUCACCAGACAGGGUUGAAGAGAUUCAACAUGCCUGGACAAAAAAUCCAGUAAAGCAGGACCCUGCAAACACCCAGUCACCAACUCAGGAUUAUGAAAAGGAGCUAACAUUCACACAAGACUCUCCUCAGUCUGUAACUCCCUCGUCUGAUCAUGAAGAGAGCUUGCCUACCAAAGAUACCUGGGAGUUGGUGAAGAAGGUCAGCUACCCAGAGUCCUAUCAGCCAGCUCCUGUAGAAAACCCAGAUCAUGAGGAGUCCCAUGAACUUCCAACAACUCUGAAACUUGAUGCCACGGUAACCAUUCAAGACUCAACCGUUCCUACAGCUGAUGUUACAUCAAUUGAAAGCACAGAGCCAACAGAGGAUCAUCUUCCUGAGACUGACAGCUGGGAUCUGCAAGUUGUAAACACUACAUCUAAGGCAGAUGCAGAUGAGGUGACUGAGGAGGAGGUUGAUCUUCCCGUUUCACAUGAGGACAUCGUUCAAGGUGUCCACAUGGAGCAAACCUCUGUAACUUCUGUAACUGAAUCUGAUGUUUCAGAACAACCAGAAAAAGCCACCACUGGUGCUGUUGAGAGUACUUCAUCUGACAUUUCACCAAACACUGAGGAGACAAAUAUCCAUACCACUACCGUGCUGCUAUCGUUUGAUAACAGCACACAUGAGAAUGAUUCAGCAGAAGAGGAAUCUGAAGAGGAGGCUGUAAAUCUUCUUCCAGAUGAGGACACACAAAGUUUGAUCACCAUAGAGACCUCUGAAGUGGUCCCUACUUCUGAUUUAAGUUAUAAUCCCACUCAAGAGCACUCAGGUGUAACAGUAGGGUCCUCUAACCCAGUGGACCGUGGUGAUGGGGAAUCCAGUACCACUUCAGAGGAUACUGCAACAGAUGAUCCAACAGAGCAGAGUGGACACAUUGAUCCAGAAGAAAUCCCAACAUCAGAAAUUGUCCAAGUCACAGAAGACACAUAUUCCAGCGAAGAUGCUCCUGUCCUAAAGAGUAAUCCAUUCACAUUGUUGGCAUCCCCAGUCUCUGUAACCUUGUCUCCACCUUCUGUGGAGGUUGAAGUCAACUCUCAAGAGAUUCUAACACUUCUACCAAAACAUAAUGUUUCAUUUGAGUUGGAACAUAUAGAAGACAUUCAGGUUAAAGUUGACCAGGAGGGAUUAGGAGAAAACCCAGUGGUCUCCACCAGCACAGCCCAGAAUAUCACAGGCAAUGAUCCAGAUGAGGGAUUCGAUGAAUCAUCAGGAGAAAACCCACACGUGAAACCAGAACUCUUUUUGACAAACCCAACUCUCUCAGUGGAUAAAACCACUGGUGGAAUUAUUGAUGAGUCUGGCACUGAUGCACCUCCAACAUCAGAGAUAAAAAUCACACUGCUGCCUCAUCUGACCCUCACACUGGGCUGGGAACCAGAGCUUUCAUCCUCCACACCACAAGAGUCCCGCUCUGAUAGGGAAUACAGCGGCGAGCCUCCUGUCACCGAGGAGAUUGAUGACAUCUCUAAGGAGCAAGAGUUUACCACGGGUAACAUCAACGAACAUGGAUCUGAGGGAGGUGAGAGGGAGCACAGCACUGAUGAGCCCUCAGUUCACAUUUGCACAUGGCAUCCCGAAGAGGAGGAGACCUCCAGUCCAGUUUUAACCACUGACAGCAGUGACUGGACCAUUGCUGCUCCAACCCCGCAACCUGAGUAUUUCAGAAAAGAAGAGGGUGAACAAACAGGCAUGGGUCCCUCUCUGCCUGCUGCCAAAGUUCCUGCUGCAAAGGGCGGCAUUGCAGACUCUUGCCUGGAGAAUCCUUGUUUGAAUGGUGGUACUUGUGUUGACGAUGAUCCACUAAGAUGCCUUUGUUUGCCCAGUUAUGGAGGAGACUUUUGUCAGACAGAUGCUGAGGAGUGUGAGCCAGGCUGGGAGAAGUUUCAGGGCUUUUGUUAUCAUCACUUCAGCAAACGGCAGAGCUGGGAGGCAGCUGAGCAGCACUGCCGGAUGUGUGGCGGACAUCUACUCUCUGUUUUGACCCCCGAAGAGCAGGACUACAUCAAUGACAAGUACAAAGAAUAUCAGUGGAUCGGACUAAACGACAGAACCAUAGAGGGUGACUUCCGCUGGUCAGAUGGGAACCCUCUACUGUAUGAGAACUGGUACAAAGGUCAGCCUGACAGCUACUUCCUGUCUGGUGAGGACUGUGCAGUGAUGGUGUGGCACGAUGGUGGCCGUUGGAGUGAUGUACCGUGCAACUACCACCUAUCAUACACAUGCAAGAAGGGCGUCUCCUCCUGUGGAGAGCCCCCUCGGGUUCCCUUUGCUAAGGUCUUUGGGAAGAAACGGCUGCGUUAUGAGACCAACAGCAAGGUGCGAUACUACUGUGAGGAGGGUUUUAUGCAGAAACUCAAUCCUGUUAUCAAAUGUCUUCCUGGUGGCCAGUGGGAGGAGCCUCUGAUUACCUGCAUGUCAACUCACGCAGCAGAAGAGGAGUCAGUUACUUUGGAGCCUCACCAGCAUGAGGAAGUCAUGGGUGCAGCCACAGAGAAAGCAGCUCCACUCUUCUGGGACAUUAAGUGGAGUUUUUAAAGCAAGAAGCAAUAUUCCUUCGUUUUCCCACUUUGCCUGUGUUUCAACGACCACCCCAUCCAAUGUUUGCUUCAUGUUUAACUGCACAAAACAAAUAAUUUGCAUUAAAAACUCAUUUUAAGGCCACAUUUACAUAAACCCUACACAUAUUAAAAGUGCUACAAUAAAAUGUGUGUUCCAGUACUGCACAGUGUGUUGUUUCUCAGAAGAGCUCAUGACACGUUGGGAGAGUAUGUUCAUUCAGCCAUUUGGAAAUCAUACAGUCUUAUCUAUCCCUGAAAAACAUGAAAUCCAAAAUAGCUUUCCUGUGAAAGACUCACAUCUCUUUGAAAGAUGUAAUCUCGUGCUCUGUUCAAAACAGUAACGAGUGGAUUUGUUUUGGCAACCUUCUUUUUAAAUAAGAUAAAUGUUCCUGCAAAAGUUACUAAGAGACAAAGUUUGUUUCUUGAUCAUUCAGGCUUGAAGAACAAGUUUAUCAUAAGAAUGUAUGUUCUCUUAGUCUGUACAACUGGAGACACGUCAAAUUAAAUGGAUAAUAUCAUGUACUGCAAGUACACAAUA